AUGUGCAUUAUUGCAUAUAACAUGGUAUGGUACCGGUUUCGUCACCGGGGACUUGGUCAGAUAAUGACCGAGACCAAACAGACGCCGUACCGCGAGGUAUGUGUCGAGGGGGAGUGGGAUGGAUGGGGAAGUGGGAAAUGUCCGAGGAUGAUGUCCAAAGACACGGUGUCCAAGGACCAUGUCCGAAAGACGUGGUGUCCAAAGACAUGGUGUCCGAAGGCCACGUCCCGAGGACUGGAGGAUCGGAGGGAGGACCAUGUCCAAAUGGACCAUGUCCAAAUGGACCAUGUCCAAAUGUCCAAAUGGACAAGAGGACCACGUCCAAAGGUCAUGGCAUUUUUGAAUGACAAGCUGACCCAAUGUUUGUACAAGACGAUGCUAAAACAGCAGCAUUGUACAAGCCAAGGCCAGACGGUUAUGAAUUGA